AUGAGCAACAGAAACUCGCAGCGCUUCCAGGCACGAGAAGCCACCGCGGCACCACCCAGCAAUCCCCCACUCCAAGGAACAAUAACAAACCCACUAAAGGCAUUCCUCGACGAGGGCACGCUGAACACGAAAAAAACCUUCCGCAACUUUACGACCUUUUUGGAUCUGAAACACAACUACCACAAUGAAUUUUUGUCUACGGUUUGGGAUCAUGUUGAGCUGCAGGGGUAUACGUGGAAGGAUCUCGCAGAGCAUGAAUCUGAGCGGAAAGCGUGUGCUCUUGGCUUUUUGAGGGUGCAUGGGAAGAAGUAUUGGGGCACGGAUGCGAAUCGGAGGAAGUAUUUGAUGGCGGAUUCUUUGCUUGAUCCUGAGGCUCUUUAUAUGUAUCCGGAGAGAAAGGAAGAGUUGACUCGUACGCUUGUGAUCCUGUUGGAAAAGAAGGCCAAGGCCAAGGUCAAGGACCACAGACAGUCGUUGGCUACGAAGAAUAAUGAUACUCCUUCAUCUCCUUCGAAAUUCCGUGGCCUUCCAACACCGACGCCCGCUUCUGAUCUGCCAAAGAAAGCCCAGCCUCGUUACCCGUCUACUUUCAACACUCCGGGUCUUUCUGAUAAUGGAAGAGGCAGAAAGAGAGACCGGGAGCCAUCCGAAGACCUGGGAACCCUGUUUGAGCGAUUCAACCCCAAAAAGGAGGUAUCGUCAACUCGUUCUCUCGAUCGAGGAAAGUCUGUAGGCCCUGGUGAUCGGACCAUCCGUCCUUUCAGCUCUAUCGCACUUGACGAUACACGGGGUAGAUCGGUCCCUGCCAAGAAGAGACGGACUGAGGAGAACGAUGACGUGGUCAUCCUGGACAAGCCCGUCAUCCCUAACCUCAAUGGCCAGCUCUCAGAUUCGUCCGACUCUAGCACCGACGACAUCCAGGAGAUCGAGACCGUCGAAAAGAUCCCCGUCGAUCUACAUCACUGUCACGAUAAGACCAAGUUCUUGGUAACCGCCACCACACAGCGGGAUAUGGCCCCGGUCUGGGUCCCAUUCCAGCGCUUUGACACGGCUUCAGCCUUCCUGGACCGUAUGGUGGAGGAAUGUGGGCUCCGGGAAUGGGAUCCUAGUGCGCAGCUGAAUGCCGGGAUUUGGGCCAGUCCCGUGAAGGCCGCAUCGAUUAAAUUUGAGUGGUCCGGGUUUUACAUCCGCGUGCGCACGGGGAUGGAUAAGGACUGGAACUUUGUGAUGAGGGAGCUCCAAAAGGCCUGGAAGAAGGACGCGGGCGCGGAGAACGUCCAUGCGGCUUUCCGGAUCAGUGUGAUGCUGCAUGUAGUGUGA